AUGACUACGACGAUCAUCGAAGCGCCUCCAAGGAUGAGUCGACGAACUCGCAAGCGCGUCUUCGACGAUUCCAUCAUCCUCGACUACGACGAUGCCAUUGACCAGCUGGAGCGUGACGAGUUUGAAGAAGCCGAGGAGCGAAAGAAGGAAGCGGAACGCGAAAGAAAGAAGAAACGCGAAGAAGAGCCGCCUUUGCCCUUUCUCGACUUGUUGCCUCCAGAGGUCGUCUCCAACGUUCUUUCGUUCGUGUCAUCUCCGCGAGUACUGCUUUCCCUCUCGAUGUGCAACAAAACUUGUCGAAACGCGAUCCUAGCGACACCGACGAUGGUCAUCCGAGCGGCUGUUUUCUCAUCUGACCACCGCAGGAAGAAGGCUAUCACGACCAUUGUGGAAACAGUUCAAGCGCGCUCCAUUCACACGCCUUCCACAGCGCGACUGCUCCGUCUUCUCAAUGCAACUCAAUGCGAGCGCACGGACCAGUGUUACGACUUGAACGUCGUGACGCACAAGUCCGGCAGGCCCUCAUACAACCACCUUCUUCCCUUUGGAUUGUGUCUCUGCAGCACCUGCCUCACGGAGAUGACAACGAGCAAAGCCAUUGUCGCUGGACGAUGGGAGAGACCCAGAGUGCCACACGAGAGGCUUGUGACCAACGAUUACUCUAGAAGAAUGCUCCCAGAUCUCGUCAAAGAGCAUAGUACGGGUGAAGCCGUGGGUCCGCUUGUGGGAGGUGUGCGAGUUCGUCAAAUCAUGGUGUCCUACAAACAGGACCAAGAGAAACAGAAACAGGCGUUUGCAAGCCUCUUUGAAGAAAUCGACAACCAGCAAAAUGAGGGCGACAAGGCGGAGGAACUGGUGGACGCCUACAUCACGGCUGUGGAAGACCUGGCAAAUCUCAAAGCUAAAAAGGACGAGCUCGCCGCUGAAAGGGACGGCCAGAGAGCAAAAAGAAAGCGCGAAAUGGGGGAACCAGUUUUGGAGCGCCUCCGUGCACUGCUUGAAGACCACGCUCAUCGUGAUAUCAUACUUGCCGGUGAUUGGAACGAGUGGAGUGGAAUUUUUCGGUUCAGCAACAAGCUCUCGAUGGAUAUUCUUGGCAGCUUGCUGACGGCCCCGUCAACUGCAAAGGAGGAAAAAAUCCAAUCCAAAGUCCAAAUGGUUGUCCGUGACUAUGAGUUUUUGUUUGCGAAAGGUUUCGGCACCGGCAAUCACGAGGAUUUCCUUUGUGAUUUGGCUGGUACAGGUAUUUCAAAGCUGGGUCGCGCCGUAUUCAAGCGAAAAUUGCAGCUACCAGGAUUGCAGGACCUGUACAAUCGACGUGCUCUGCGACACUUGGGCAGGGGGUUUGUCGAAAUACUCCGAAUGGAAGGGACUCUUGCCGCCCUUUUCCCCCGCUUCUUGACUGUGGAGGACAGAAAAACUGUUUUUCUUUCUAGCGUCGCCGAGAAGAACGGAACAAGCUUCAAGGACGAGUAUAAGAAGCUGGCCAAAUGCAUUUGGGAUGACCAAGUACGCACCCACUGGGGUUGGGGUCGACAUGUGGACUAUAUCCACUCGAUCGAAGAACUAGAAGAAAAGUUUGACUUGAAGCGACGCCAGUACCUCAAACUCUCAUCGGCCAUCAAACAAUACCUCGGGAAGUCGGAUGUGACCAAAUUCCUGAAGACCCCAUUGUCUGACACUCAUCGCAGAGCAUUGCAGAAAAUUUUUGAACUCAAACACGGGAGCAAGGCAUUGCUGAACCAGAAAGAUUUCAAAGCGAUCUUUCGUCUUCACCAUGCGCUGACUACCCGGACCGCUUCAUCUAAACGCAAGCAAUCAUAUAUUGACACUCGAAGAUGCGCUGAGUCGUUGCCAAAGCAUCUUGAGCUCUCUACAAAUGGUGGUUUUGAGGGUUUGUCCUGCUUCCAGCCCAUGCUGACUACUGUAGCAACGACGUACGAAUACAACUGA